CGUGAUCUGAAUACAGCAUUGUGUGGUGCAUGUAGCUGACUGUAGCUGGAGAACAGUGCACUACACACACUGAAGAUGGCAGCAGCUAGGUCAGUAUCGGAGACUCAGUAUGACGAGACAAUGCCUGAGGUAGAUGAAAGCCUGGAUAAACUGGUGGGCGAGAAGCCCAGGGUCCCGGACGGAGGAUGGGGAUGGUGGUGCGUCCUGGGGCGGUUCUAUAUCCACUUCCUCAUCAUCGGGACGAAGAGUGCUUUCGGCAUAAUCUAUAUUGAGCUUAUCGACUAUUUCCAUGGCAACAGAGCUGAAACAGCGUGGGUGGGGUCCGUCGCGAGUGGGAUCAUACUGCUGAUUGCGCCACUGUCCGGGUGGAUGACCGAGCGGUAUGGGUGUCGACUGCCGACCAUCGUAGGGUCCAGUGUGGCGACUGUGGGACUGUUCGCCAGCUGGUUCUCCACCAGCAUGACCUCGCUGUGUGUUACCUAUGGCGUGAUUACAGGAUUGGGCCUUGGGUUGACCUUCAUCCCGUCAGCCGUGAUUGUUCUGCACUACUUCGACAAGAGACGAGGGUUUGCUUCAGCCAUUGGAUCAACUGGAGGGGGUAUUGGUGCCAUGGUGCUACCCUUGUUUUACGUCCACACCUUUGAGGAAUACGGCUGGCGUGGGUCGCUCUGGAUCCUGGCGGGUCUCGUGCUGAAUGGGGUCGUGUGUGGCGCCCUGUUUCGCCCUCCACUCUGGCUAAAAACACCGGAACUGAAAGAACAGUGUGAAAAAGAGUCAGAGUCCGAGACCAAAACUGUCCAGAAAAGUUCUCAAGCAAAGGAAUUUUUCUCUGUGCUGAAAAACAUACGGUUCGUUUUGUUUGCUUUGGGGACAUUUUUCUGCAACGUUGGCUACGCCACCCCCCUCGUCCACCUCCCCGACAUGGCAUCGCAGAGAGGCUUCUCCAAAUCAAAUGUGGCUGUCCUCCUGUCCAUCAUGGGGAUAUCUGGCGUCAUCCUGCGCCUUCCUGUUGCCUGGGUCAGCGACUUCCGGUCAGUGAGUCGCCUUCUGAUCCACACCCUGUCCCUACUGGUGUGUGGGGUGGCAACAGUUAUCUGCCCCUUCGUGUAUUCCUACUGGGGUCUGGCCUUGUACUCAGCCGUACAUGGGGGCUUCAUUGGUGUGUACGGGUCGUUUCUGAGCGUCCUGGUUGCAGACAUUGUUGGUGUGCGUGAUUCAAACAAAGCAUUCGCCUUUCUUGUCUUCUUCGGAGGCCUUCCGUCACUCUUCUCCUCGCCACUCGCAGGGUGGAUGUAUGAUGGCACCCAGUCCUACAUUACCAGUUUCUGUUUCGCUGGAUCCACAUUCCUCGUGUCCAGCCUUUUAACCCUUGUAGUUUUCCUCAUUGGAUUCUUCAAUAAACACUGAUUCGUUGUCA